UGACACACUGUUUUUCCCCGAGACACAAAUACCGUAACCCUAAUUCAGAACCUUUUCUACUUCUUUUCCCCCCUAAUGUAACGGUCGCGUUCCCUUCAUCAGAGGAUCACCGUUGUCUACCGUCUUCCAGCUGGGUACUGUGUCUGGCAGGGUUUUUCCAUAUUCGAUCUUCAUCUUUAGCUUCUUCAUUGUCUCCAUCGUCUGGCCUGUAUCUUCAUCUGGCUGGGUUCAGCGUAUUCAUGGUCGACGUUCAGUCUUCAGCAGAUUGACAUAAAGGUAGAGAGAUGAUUGUAGGUUGAGAAAGAGGCUUCAAGAGUAUAUGCACUCCUUGGCAAAUACCCAACAAAGAGAUGAAACAAAUAACAGAUGUAGCAACAUGUGAGAUGGCAUCAUUACAAUUUGUGUCGUCACUAUUGAUCAUUGAUCAUGUACUCCCUUUGGUAUCAUAGCCAGGACAUCAUAAUGCCAAGGAAGAAGAAUCAGCAAGAAAAGCUCAAAGGGUUCCAAAGUUCAGAUGAUUACGAAAUUGAACCAGAUCCAAAACCAAACAAGACAGAACAAAAUCAAUUUUCAUCCUCCAAAAAUCUUCAAACUACUCUCCAUUUCAAACAAAUUUACUCAACUAAGUGAUUUUCCCCCACUUUCAUAUUCACAAAUUGUCCAAGAGCCUACUUCACAAAAUAUUAUUCCAAACUCAAAACAAAAAGAUUCAACUACAAAAACACCAACAAAAGGCCUUACCAAAUCUGUAUACAUUAAAAAAAUCGAAAUAGAAAAUGUAUAUCUCACUAAUUUUACAAUUCCUCAAAGUCCACAAAUUAUUCAUUCGAUCAAUCAGAAAACUUUUCCAAAAGGUUGCGAAUGGAUACCAGAAAAUCAUUUUAAAACUCAAAGGUUUUAUGAAUUUAUUUUAGUAGAUUCAAACUCUGUUGAAAUCCAACAUAUCAAGGAUUCUUCAGAAAAAAUAAUUUAUUCAAAAUGUAUAUUUAAAAAAAUUAUUUCUUCUGCAGAAUGGAGAGACCCUUAUGCAGAACGAAUUUUUUCAAAAAGAUUUUCCCCACAAAAUUACUCAUACUAUGAUUACAAAAUUGCCUGGUAUAGAGCAUUUUUAUUCAGACCAUUUGAUCAUUCAUGGUUUUUUAUAUAUGACAAAUAUUGUCCAAAGAAAUAUCCCAUGUGGUUUUAUCAUUGGUGGUAUUUAUUUGGACCAACUCCUCAAAUUUAUCCAAAAUUAUGCAAUGAGGGUUUCACAACUUUUGUUGCCAAUUCAAAUUAUCAAACCUAUGAAACUCCAGUCCUGUUUCAUGUAAAAUUUAAAAUUCCAUGGAUUCUAUGUUGGAGUUACUGUCUCAAAAAACACCUUCCACAUCCAUAUCCAUAUUCAUUAAUAAGAGAAUUCAAAAUUAAAUGGUGGGACAAAUUUACCUUAGAAAUUUGUUCUACAAAAAAUGUUAUCUCCUUUUUUCAAACCGGUAUAAAAAUGGAAUAUCAGUCUCCAUCAACCAUAAACAAACCUUCGUCCUCAAAAGCAACAUCAAGUUCAAACUCUCCUCAACUCAAUAAAAACCCCAAAGUAGAGAUCGAAAUACAGAUUCAUUAUCUAAAGUCCAGAAAGCCAUUCUUAAAAGAAUUCUUGAAGAUCCACAAUAUGCAAAGAAAAUAUUAUCAGAAGAAUCCUCUGAUGAGAUAUUAUCUGAGUUCUCAAAUGAGUCUUAUGAUCCAACAUUUGGUGGCCCAUGUGCUCGAGAUCCAUAUGAGUUUUAAUAUUGAGCUCACAAAGGUUCAAAUCAAAUGUUCAACAGCUCAAAUUAAUUCAUCCAGAAGCACAAACGUAAGCAAUGACGUAUACUUCGACUUUCUUAUGCUAGAACUUUGUCUCGUAAACAUAAAAGUACUGUACGUGCUUUUUUGA